GAGGUGAUUUUACACCUGUAAAUGCUUCUAGGCGCUGGGCAUAUCUAAGAGGAUGUUAUUGUAAAACUCGAAAUAAACUAAUGAAAAAGAAGGCAGCUUUUGAAAGAAGUGAAGCUGCAGCUAAUGAUGAUUUAAAGUCAUCUUUUAGAUACUAUGAGACAAUGAGUUUUUUGAAUGAACCUUUAACAUACAAGUCAACAAUAUCAUCAUUGAAGUUAAAGAGAAAGAAUGCAAACAGUACAUCAAAUAAAGAAAAUAUGGAAUUCAAUUCACAACAGACACUUGUUCACGACAGAUUUUCCAGUAACGAUAGCAGGCGGUCGUGUGUUUCUCCAAUAUCACAGUCUGCAAUCAUGCCAGAAGUUUCUCCAUCUCCAUCUCGAUCUAUAAUCUCCACUGUUUCAUCACAAGCACGAUCGAAUACGUCAACACCAUAUGGUAUUACUCAAAUGCAAUUCUCUCCGAGUGAAAAAUCUUGUACAGGAGCACAAUCCCAAUUACAACGUGUGUUUCAACAAAGGCCUGCAAACAAUGUAUUAAUACAACGAGAGGUACAAAGUGCUUGUAGAACAUUAUUUCCAUCAUCUUUAAAUAAUCGUACUCAAAAUCUACCUUCACAAGGGCAAUCAAGUAGUUCCAAUAAGAAAAGAACUGCCAAUGUAGAAAAGGAAAUAAUGAAACAUAUAAAAACAGAGCCCAAAAAGAUGGAUGAAAUAGAUAGUUUUGCAAUGAGGUUAGCUGCUGGAAUGAGACGACUUUCUUAUAAAGCUAGAGCAAGAGUAGAAAUAGAUUUUUUGAAACGUUUACAACAAGAAGAAGAUUUACAAGAUAUUAAUGCCUAA